AUCCUCACGUUAGCCGCCUGUUGUGGACUGAAUUUAGCGUUCAACGCUACGACCUGCGAUUGCGACAAUGCCAUUCAUAAAGGAUUCAUUCAGUUUGCUGACGAAGGAUGUAAACACAAAAUCACUUCAACGGCCCCUGUUCGAGUAUAUUAUAACGUGUAUUCCACACUCCCGGUCGCGCAGAGAUUUUUAGCACACACAUGUACCAUGUGGAAGAUGAGCAAAACCGUGUAUCGUGACUUUUUACAGUGGGACCACGUGAAGGAACACCGCACGCCGCUAGACGUCACCGCGGCCGAAUGCCGAAGAUUACGUGACUCACGGCUGUGCGACAGACAGCCUAUGAACACUUUAGGUUCCAACAAAUGGUCCUUGGAAGGCUCGCCCCAUGUGCAAGGUAGUUGGCUGCAAACCAGCACGGACUAUCUGAUAAACUGCCGAUUAGAAGAAGUGGUCCUCGAAACAGAAUGCUCGGACUGCGUUAUUAGCUCUCCCAUAGGAGACAUUCCGGCAUCCGCCAACGGCUCCUUCGUGCACAAUCUCGUGACCAUAGUGUGGGACAAUUCAUUGAAAGAAUCUCAAAAAUGCCAAGCCAAGCAAGUUGAAGAAGGACUAGCAAUGCUGUACGAAACAACAGACCCCAAAAUUUUUCGAAUCCGUGAUUCUAACAAACAACUAGACUUCGUAGUGAAAAAUGUCAGCGUCGGACUUUGCAAGCCGGCCACCAAUUUCUCAAACUUUCGACCGGUAUUAGGAAUGGAUCGCGUAGUCGCUUCUUGGAUUUACGCGAACAGUUCCAAAAAUGAUGCGAAAAUAGGCAAUAAAAAUAUGAACAUCUCAACUCUGUUGCGCGCAGAAAUAGACGCCGUAGCGCACACGCAGUACAUCCGAGAUGUCGCGGUAGAAAUGUCAAAUGGACUAGCAGAAGAAAUCCGAGCACUCCAGUAUCAAAUUCGGGAGACUGCGCAUAAAAAUGCUAUUGCCACCGCCCAGUACAACGGCUGGCUAGCCGCCAGUUAUCUUAAUCUUCCCAAUUGCACGAAACUACAACCAACCGGUAAAGACGUCGCAGUGCUUCAGUGCACCCCCGGGUAG